GGAGAGGAGCCAUGUGCCUGCUCGUUUUCACUUGUUUCGUUGCGCUGUUGGCGCCCGGCGCUGCUGCAGAGUGGAGCGAGGUGACACGCCGGCAUCCUGCGUGGCUGACGACACCCAUUCCAGCCAUUCCCUACCCGAAGACGUGGCUGUCCAUCGGCGUGUGGCUUUUCAAUGGCAACAGGGAGAAGGACUUCACUGAAACCGUCGUCGAAAAGGUCAGACUCUCUCAGGACGUCUGAUGCCCGGACGGCUCCGCCGGCAUUUUGUCUUGUCUAUGUACGUGCAGGCCCUGUCUUUCUAUGUGGACAGGCUGAACAACGAAUAUGGCGGGAUACGAGUGGGCGAAAUGACGCUGAGAGUGUGCCUUGUGCCGUUCUACUCUUCUGACCCCUCCCGGGUGCCUCAUGCCUUGCUUGAAGCCAUGGAGACGCGUCGCAUCGACUUGGUCUACGUCUCUCACCCCUUUGAGCAGCUACACACAGCAUUUGGGGCUCUUGACGGGCUCAAGAUGAUAUCCCUGUGGCCAUUCAGCGGAGGCUUCGCCGGAAAAUUCAAGUAUCCGAUCACGACGUCAAUAGGGCUGCAGCCCUACGCAGACGUCUUUGCCAGUGUCGCAGAGAGAGAAGGGACUCAGAAGGUCCAUGAGCAAACAUGAAAAGAAAGGGAGGACCACGUGGAACACAAAAUGUGUGUUUUCCUCUUCUUGUAGGUUGGAUUAAUUUGGAAAGAUGGCGACGAAUACGGCACUGAGGCGGCUCUGCACCGCUUGAUGCGAGAAGCCUUCAAGGAGCGCAACAUAACCAUCGUCCUGGAAAAAAGGAUGCCCCCGAGACCAUCACCCCCCAGAGGGCUCGAGAGAUCGUGCGGCUAG